UGCUGACUGAGUUUAAUUGUUACUCAAUGUUGUGACUAAGGAUUUGAUAGCAUCACAACAUGUAAACUCUUAACACUCCAAACUUUUCUCACAUGUCAUCUUUCUUGUGUGUUUGCCAGAAUGGCACAGUGGGGUGCCAUAUUUUCCAUAAUUGCAGCUCUUGGAGGUGCAGCACUUUUAGCCUCUGUGCAUAAGAUCGAUGAAGGACACACUGGAGUUUAUUACAGAGGAGGGGCUCUCCUGACCACAACCAGCGGCCCUGGCUUCCAUCUCAUGCUCCCAUUUAUCACCACCUUCAAGUCUGUUCAAACAACGUUGCAGACAGAUGAGGUGAAGAACGUACCAUGUGGCACGAGUGGAGGUGUGAUGAUUUACUUCGAUCGCAUAGAAGUGGUGAACUACCUCAUUCCUUCAGCAGUCUAUGACAUAGUGAGGAACUUCACGGCAGAUUACGACAAAGCUUUGAUAUUCAACAAGGUUCAUCAUGAGCUCAACCAGUUCUGCAGUGUGCAUUCUCUACAGGAGGUCUACAUUGGCCUGUUUGACCAAAUUGAUGAAAACCUGAAGUUAACGCUACAGACGGAUCUAACGACUAUGGCACCAGGUCUGAUCAUACAGGCGGUCCGAGUCACAAAACCCAACAUCCCAGAAAGCAUUCGCAGAAACUAUGAGCUUAUGGAGAGCGAGAAGACCAAACUGCUCAUCUCUCAACAGACGCAAAAGGUUGUGGAGAAAGAGGCAGAAACCGAGAGGAUUAAAGCUGUAAUCGAGGCUGAGAAAGUAGCUCAGGUGGCAGAGAUCAAGUUUGGACAGAAGAUCAUGGAGAAGGAAACAGAAAAGAAGAUCUCUGAAAUUGAAGACGGUGCUUUCCUGGCUCGGCAGAAAGCCAAAGCAGACGCAGAGUUUUACACGUCACAGAGAGCAGCAGAGGCCAAUAAGCUGAAGUUAACACCAGAGUAUCUGCAGCUGAUGAAGUACAAAGCCAUCGCAGCCAACAGCAAGAUCUACUUUGGGAACGAAAUACCCCACAUGUUUGUGGACUCUGGGUCUGCAGGCAGCUCCUUCAAGGCCUCCGCCGCCAUGGACAUUGUUGGUGAGCAGAUGCUGGACCUGGAUUAGCGAAUGAGGACCAAAGGAGGAAGGUAGCAGGAAUCAAAGGGGCCGACCAGGAGCGGUGGAGUCGCUGCUGGACGACUGGUCCUCCCUCUGGCCUGAAGAAGCUCUGCUGACCAGGGCUCGUAUUUCUCAAACGUCUCAUAAUCAGCAAUAGAAAUGCACUGAAAGUUCGACUAGGAUGCAAAACCCUUGAAAAUCAAAGCAGGACCUCAGGAUUUGUUAUGUGUUCUUAUAGAGAACAGACUUACAUAGACAUAUAACUGUAAUGUAGGAAAAAGAAAGAUGAUUUUAAAAAAGUAACAGUUAAGGGGAGAAAGCAACAACCCAGCAUCUAAUCCUCCUUGAACGCUGAUACUGUGUCAUCAGUUUAAGUUGGUUUCAUUCAACAAGUCAAGAAAAGGCUAAAAUGUUUUCUAAUAAUACUCUCUGGCAGGGAGAUGCAGCAAGUAAACUUUAGUGUCAGUUGUCGGAGCAGCUGCCUUCCAACAAAUUAAUUAGACCUGUUAUAAUUCAUCACAUAUGUUUAAACAGAAACUGAUGUGUUUAACAACAUCUGUGGAGGAAAAGGAAAGUGGUGUAGUUGUCCAAACCCUGGAGGAGGAAAGAUGGGCCUUUUUUAUUAAGAUUUAAUAUAGAUAAUUAAAUGUCAAUAUUAUGCUGCCAAGGGGAAGAUUUAAGUUUAUGUUAACAAAAAAAAAAAAAAAAAAAAAAGUUAUGCAUUCGCUCUGAUUUGCUUGAAGAAUACGGGCCCUGAUUUGAAAAUGUCACUGUAGGGAAACACAGGGAUGAUGAAUGUACUGUGUGGUAGCUCUUAGCUUUUAUAACAGCACUCUAUUUGUUUUAUC